AUGCAUGCUGAGCCGAUGGGGGACUUCCCGCUCGAGGGUGAUCGUUCCACCAUGUGGUUGAUGCGGUAUGUGCGGGAUCAUGGCGGCACUUUCGACGGGAGGCAGACCAAGUGGGCGCUCGAGCACAAGGUGGAGCGCAACAGCACGGCCCAUCUGAUGCAUGACUUGUGGGUUCUCGCGCUUGAUCUAGGUGUGUGCUAUGAUCAGCUGGAUGUGUCCAACAUCGGCUCCUUCGAGGUGAUCAGUCGGAUAUGCCAACUGUGCGAGGAGACGACGGGGUCGUGGCAGGUGGAGGGCUUAGAGCGCUAG